AGUAAUACAACAUCCUAGAAUACGCGUGCCAAUUACGCGCGUCACAACAUAUAUUGAUAUCGCGUGAUAUUAUUUUCAAAUAUUGAAAACAUUGCCAAAAAAAUAAAACUAUAAAAGACAACGUUUGCAUUCGUUUAAACUCAGUAAAGUAAAAACAGCAGCAACAAUUAAUAUCUUAUUUAAAUUUUUAAAAAAUAUUUUUUUACAGUUUUCAUUGUUUUGAAAAUUUGAAAUAUUUGUUUAUAAUUUUAAUAGUGAUUUAAUUUGAAAUUAAUCAUAAUAUUUUUCAACAUAUUGUGUUUUUUUUUCCAAGUGAACAUUUUUUUUAUCAGCAUUAAUGAAAACAAAAAUAAUUAAUAGAGAUGUUGGAAAACUGAUUUAUUUAUCAUUAAAUAAUAAAAUGGUGUUACGUAAAAAUUUUAGAUAUUACAGACAAGGUGUAACGUUGAAAAGAAAGCUUACAGAUGGUGUAACAAAUCGAAAUGAUAGUAAUGUAACCGAAAAAUUAUCACAUUCUCUGAAUAUUUUAACUCAAUCCAAAAUCAGAAUGCAAAAUCAGUGGAAAUCAUUAACUAAUUCAAAAAACUUUUUAUCUAUUUUGGAAUACAAUAAAAAUGUUCAGUUAAUAUUCAAUAAAUACUGGAUGGAUGUAACUAAGAAAUUAGUUUACCCUUUUAUAAAAAAUAACAAGAGAAAUUUUUCUGAUAACGAAUUGACCAACAAAAAUAUUGAUCAUGAAAAGAAAGUAGCUAUCGUUCAAAGAGAUAAUAAAAUACCAAAAACAGUAAACCAAGAAACUGAUGAUAAAAAUAUCGAUGGUAAAAGACAAGUUUUACAAUCAUCGGUUGUCACGUCAGAUCAAUUAUUACAAAAUACCAAAGACCAAAUAUUAGCAUUACCCCAAUUAUUGAGUGAUUUCUUUAUAAAAUUAAAUCCUCGAGUAAAAGAAUCCUUGCCAUUGACUACGAUUCCUAAAUGGAAGACUUAUGUCAAAAGUAAUAUCACAAAAGAUAGUAUUCUAUCAAGAACAAAACAUAUAUUAAAUAGUAUAAUUAUCGCUGAGUCAAAUACUUCGCAAAUAAAAAGAAUAGAAGAUUUUUUAGCGCAUGUAGAGCAGUUUCCAGAAGCAAGAUAUCAUGCUAUCAAAGAAGGCGCAGUAAAAACACUGUUGCGAACGAGACAGAAAUCGAAGGAUGAGAAAGUAAAUGCAUCUAUCCGAGAAGCUCUUGCAGUAGUGGGAUACAUCGAUCCUCUUCCUUGCCGAGGUAUCAGAAUUCUUUCGAUUGAUGGGGGUGGUACGAGAGGACUACUUGUCAUUGAAAUGCUUAAGAAAUUGGAAAAAUUAACCGGACGCAGAGUACAUGAGAUGUUUGACUACAUGUGUGGAGUCAGUACGGGCGCAAUUCUUGCAGCAAAUUUAGUCAUAAAAUGGAAUGACCCUAAUAACGGAUCACCGAAACGAAAAUCUUUAGAUGAAGUUUCUGAUUUGUAUAAAGCACUCAGUAUGAAGAUUUUUAAUCAAAGCGCACUUCGUGGAACAAGUAGUUUAGUAUGGAGUCAUGCAUAUUAUGAUACUGCAUUGUGGGAACAAAUGUUGCAAGAACAAUUGGGAAAUGAAGAUCUCAUAAAAACGGCACGUGAUCCUCAUUCACCGAAGUUUUCAGCUAUCGCAACUAUAUUCAAUGAUGCGCAAGUAGCAGCAUAUAUAUUUAGAAAUUACACUCUACCACCACGUGUAGAGAGCCAAUAUAUGGGCUCUUAUAGACAUAAGUUAUGGGAAGCUGCAAGAGCAUCAGCAGCUGCUCCGACUUAUUUUGAAGAAUUCAAACAUGGAGAUUAUAUUCUAACUGAUGGCGGAAUAAUAGUUAAUAAUCCUUGUGCAGUAGCUAUUCAUGAAGCUAAACGUUUAUGGCCAAAUACUCCCAUUCAAUGUGUGGUAUCGUUUGGAACUGGUAGAACGCCACCAAUUAUUCCGAACAGUGAAGGCAAAAUGAAAGAAACUGUUGCGUCUAGUUGGAAAGAUAAAUUUUAUAAAAUUUUAGCCAGCGCCACAGACACAGAAGGAGUCCAUAUAGUAUUGAAUGAUCUUUUACCAGAUGACGUUUACUACCGAUUUAAUCCUUAUUUAACGGAAAUGGUGUCUAUGGAUGACGUAAGACCCGAUAAAAUGGCAUUAUUGGAGCAAGAUGCGCAGAUGUACAUUCGAAAGAACGAAGAUAAAUUUAAUCAAGCUGCGACAGCGUUAAGUCAAGAGAGAUUAUUGUCCCAGAAAGCUAUGGAUUGGGUAAAACUUCAAAAAGAGAUAAUAGGAUUUUAAAUUUAUUUAUUAUAGAAACAAAUGAAAUUGCAUUUUCUUUAUAAAAUAUUUAUUUAUUUAUCAUUUAUUUGGCCAUUAAGUCGAAGUUUAUAAGGCCAUUUAUAAUACAAAAAUAAUAACCAUAAGUUAUUCUAACUGUGAUAUUAAUCAGUACGUUUAUACAAUUCAACUUCUUAUUUAG